GAUGGAUGGGCAAGGUUACCCGUACAAGGAGCUGGCUGCCAUCCCCACAGACAAGGCCAUCCUGGAGAUUGAGCGUCCGGACCUGAUGAUCUAUGAGCCUCACUAUAGCUACGUGUACGCUGAGCGCCCCGAGCCUCAGGGCUCUGCCGAGCGCCCACAUUCACCAAGGCCGAUGUCACCUCUCACCUAUCCUGAGUGUGCGAUGUACAAGGAGAGCCGGGAGUGGAUGGACGAGCGGUUUGCAGGCUCCUCGCUGAGAUCCGCCUGUUCCCGCCGGAGCUACCCCCCCACCGGGAGCCUCCCUCACCACUUCCACCGGCCAGAUAUCGGCACCAACAUGUACAGGAAGCGGCCGAUCUACAAACUGAACGAACCAUCGGCUGUGCUUCCACCGAGCAAAUACAUUGAGGAUCUCAUCAUCGAAUCGUCCAAGUUUCCGGCAGCACAGCCUCCGGACCCCAACCUUCCCGCCAAGAUUGAGACAGAGUACUGGCCCUGCCCCCCGUCCCUCGCUGUUGUGGAGAAAGAAUGGCGGCGGAGGAUCGCCUCCAGAACAGAGGAGGAGGAGGAUGAUGAUGAUGAUGAGGACGAGGACGAGACGAUGGGCCGUCUGCGCGAGAUUCAGCGGAAGGAACUCAACAAGAUCCAGUCAGGGUUGGGGAAGAUGAUCCUGAAGGAGGAGCUGGAGAGGCCGAAGCCGCGUGGCAGGAAAUCACGGUCGCUCCCGGACAGAACCACUCGCAGCUUCUCCCCACAGGAUUCGGCCCCCAAGUCUCCCUCCCUGCCCUACCAUGGAAGGAAUGGCCUCCACAGGCUGCAGUCAGCUGACUUUGCCACCCCUCACCAACGGUACCAGAGGAGCGGGACAGAUAUCCAGAACGAGGACAGUGCGACGGGGAGGAUGGACCGAGGAACCUCCUUGCCCACCAUGCUGGAGCUGAAGAUCUACCCGUACGAGCUGCUGAAGGGGAGCAGCAUGAGGAGCAUCAACCUGCCGCAUGGAGUGGACCGGCCCCGACUGGAGCGGCACCUGAGCGUGCAGGAGUUCCAGCAGGUGUUCGGGAUGGGCAUCCAGGAGUUUGACAGCUUGCCCCAGUGGAGACGGACUGAGCUGAAGAAGAGAGCCUGCCUCUUCUGACCCACCAGGCUGCCCCCCGUACACUGUGUGUGUGUGUGUGUGUGGGUGUGGGUGUGGGUGUGGGUGUGUGUGUGUGUGUCUGGCAGGCUGACCCUUGCUUACAGUCACACCCCCCUCCCGCUGGUGGUGACCCCCCCUCUUGCCCCCCCCUCGCUGGCAGUGACCCCGCUGAUGAUGCCCCCCCCCCCCCCCCGUAUCGUGCACAAGUCCCAGUCAAUACCUGACUGAUUUAUUUGCCCCUCUCCGCGGGGGUGGAGUUGACGUGAGGGUGUUUGUGAUUUGAAUGGGGUGUGCUGCCUGCCCUCACGGACCACCACACCUACACUCACACCCACUGGCCCACACCGCACUACCCACACUGGGUGAUUCACCAACAGCUCCCUGUGCCCAGUGCAGCUGCCACAGUAACUGUCCCCCUGAAUCUGCCCGAUCCUCUCCAUGUCCAUGCCCUGCCCCUCCCAAACACCCUGCGCCCGUCCCCCAUCUACACUGUACCCGCCCCCCUCUCCUAUCCCUACACCUUCGCCCUGUCUCCAUGCACCCCUCAGUUGCUCUGUGCCCAUGGCUUGUGCCCCAGGCGUUUGGUGUCACCCUUCUCCACCCCCCCAUGCCCCCAUCCCCUCUAUACCCAUGCUCUCCCUCCCACCCAGACGCUCUUUGCCCUUCCCCUCCGCCAGCCAAUCUCUGCCCAUGCCACCUCCCCAUCCACUCUGUACUCCCAGUCACUCUG